AUGACCUUUUGGGUCUCUCAGUUUGCCAAGGAUAAAGCAAUAGAAGAUGCCAAGUUCUUCUCUGGUUUUCUAAGCCAGCUUAUGACCUAUACUUGUUCCAAGCAGUCGGUCCUCUCCAGCAAAAUCAGCCCAUGCUGUGCGCUGCCGGUGCCAUUCCAAGGGGAAUGCGUUAUCAACUCAGAAAAUGACGAUGAACCUGAUCUUCCAUCUUUGCCACUCAGCAGAUUUACAGAAGACCGAUUUGUAUGCGCACAGUUCUCCAACAAGCCAGAUGAUUUCCUGCAAGAGUUUCUUUAUGAAUAUUCAAGAAGACAUUCAGAAUUGGCACUUCCUGUGAUUUUAAGAGUGGAUACGGUAUAUCAAAAUUUAUUGGCAAAAUGCUGCAAAUUAGAAAAUCCUCUGGAAUGCUAUAGCCAUGGGCAAGAGAUGUUCCAAAGAGUGGUUCGUGAAAGCCGUGAGCGUGUAAAACAUCACUGUGAUUUACACGAGAAAUUAGGAGAUGCUAAAUUCCAUGACUGGCUCAUAAUCCUUUAUACUAAGAAAACCCCACAACUAUCUGCUCAGGAGUUGGUUAUGUUCACAAAGAACAUGGCAGCCGCUGCCACCAAAUGUUGCCCACUGAGAGAUGAGCAACAAUUUGCCUGCAUGGAGGACUCGGCAAAACUAAUUCUUGGAGGUUUAUGCAGAAGACAUGAGGCAGAGCCUAUCAAUGCUGGUGUGGGCCACUGCUGUGAUGCCUCCUACGCCUUCAGGAAGCCAUGCUUUGAUGAUCUGCAAGUCAACGGAACUUAUAUUUCUCCGCCUUUAUCCUGUGACCAAGUCAUCAACCUUAAAGAGAACUUGUGCAAAGCUCAGGAGGAGGAAUUCCAAACUGAAAAGCAAAAGCUCCUCAGCAACCUUGUGAAGCAGAAACCAUAUGCAACAGAGAUGCAGUUCCAAUCAAUGAUUGCAGAUUUCGCCCACCUGGUGGAGAAGUGCUGCCAAGCAGAGACGAGUGAAAUGUGUUUCCGAGAAGAGGUAUCUCUGUCUCCUUGUUAUUCUCUUAGCAUGCUUAGGAUUUACUGA